AUGAAUUCCUUUGGUGAUGCAGUUCCAGAAAAGUACUUGCUACCAUUCAUUAACCGUGCCAUGCCAGCAAGUUGUAAUUUUGCAACUUUGUUGGCGGUGUUGGGAGGACACCCCAGGCCAAAAGCAGACACUCCAAUGGACAAGGAAGGUGGCCUGCCAAAUCUGCUAGAUUCAAUCUUUGAUUUGCUCAAGAAUGCAGGGAGCAAUACCGAAGUCAAAGGAUUGGAUGUUGAUGCUGUAUAUAUUUCUCAUAUCCAAGUCAAUCAAGCACAGAAGGAAAGACGCCGAACAUACAGAGCUCAUGGAAUAAUCAACCCUUACAUGUCAUCCCCAUGCCACAUAGAGUUGGUACUAUCUGAAAAGGAAGAACCUGUUAAGAAGGAGCCUGAGACCCGGUUGGCUUCUAGCAAGAAGAGGGCUUAA